AUUUCUAUAAAAUGAAAGUCAUUAACAAGUCUAAGUCAGUUUUGUGGUAACUUCAUACAACCUAGAGUGCUCCUUACUGCAAAUACACGAUGAACAUCUGGUUCACUGCAAUACUCUUCGCUAGUUUCUCCCUAGCGCUAUCUCUUCCAACCACUGAUUUAAAAGAGGAUAUAGAUAAUCCUGAAAACGCUAUCCAAGCUGAGGAUGCAAUGGAAUUAACGCCUGAUGCUGAUUCUCCUAUUGAGCCUGGUUUAAGGUCGUUCCGUAGGAGAGGUAAAGGUAAAGAAAGGAAAAAAAAUAAACCCGGCGCAGCAGAAGUCAUAGUUGAUCAGGUAAACGAUCCACAGCACUCCCAGGGUGUGGAUUAUGCUCCAGUUGCCGCACCUUAUGCAAGGCCUUAUCGAGCAGAUGAUGACUCUCCCGAGGAUUAUUACGAGGAAGAGUCAUAUGAAGACUACAGUUACGAAGAUUAUUAUGGACCCCCCUUGCCACAAGAACAACCAGUCAUGUUAGUUGAAGAACCCAUUGCCGCUCCCCAGUGAGUCGCCUUGUAAAAGGACGCGUUGAGGUGUUAUUUUGUUUUUCAAUAAAAACAGUUCUGAAAGAUA